AUGAUCAGUGGCACUCGCGUCAUCUUUAACGUCAAGUUCCCCAACCAGGUCAUUGACUUGCAGAACGGCGUCAGCGCUGAUGGCACUCCCAUCAUCGGCUAUGAAUUCGACAGCCAGAACACAAACCCGCACCAGCGUUGGCUCGUAGAGGUCAUCGACAACAAUGCUGACGGCAAUAAGUUCACAACCCAUAUAACCAACAACGGAACCGGAAAAUAUAUCAGGGCUGAGCCAGAGAUUCUUAACCAAGGGGUCGUCAGCAGCCACAUCGCCACCAAGUGGACGCUGGUCAAACAGAACGACAUGGGCCAAUACAUCAUCAAAGGCCACGAGGGGGAUUUGGUCGUCGUCCUCCCGGACAACCAAAAUUACACCCAGCUCAAGCUCGCUGUCCCUGAUGACAGUGACGAGAGGCAGCUUUGGACGGUGCAGGAUAUGUAA